UCGCGCUCCUCUGAUUUGAGGCUCUCUUAUGACGACGUGUAGUAUCAUGUAGUAUACAACUGUUACUAACUGUUCUCUGCUACAUUGUCAACAAAAUGGAAUAUUUCAAAAGUAGUUUGAAGUCUGUUUUAGGUUCCACGCCCGUAGAAAAUGAACCAACGGGCGCUGACACGCAUUUGACGCAGGUAGAACGAUUGGUAGACAGAUUACAAUCGUCAACAUUAUUAAAUGACAGACGGGAUGCUUGUCGAGCACUCAAAGCUCUUUCACGUACUUACCGCGUUGAAGUGGGUGCUCAAGGAAUGGAUGCCUUAAAACAAAUUUUGGAGGUGGAUAGAACUGAUUGUGAAAUUAUUGGUUUAGCAUUAGAUACUCUUUGUAAUAUAACUAAUCCUAAAACAUUCGAUGAAGAAGUGGAUAAACUUGGACCUGUGAACCAAGUAGGAGAACAAUUCACAGAAAUAUUUAUUAAAAAUUCAGAUAGCGUGGGAUUGCUCUUAACACUCUUAGAAGAAUUUGAUUUCAAUGUAAGAUGGCCAGCACUGAAGUUACUAAUGCAUUUAUUAACUAAUAGACCAAAGGAUAUACAAGAAAUAAUUUUAAUCAGCCCGAUGGGUGUUUCUAAAUUAAUGGAUCUCCUGAGCGAUACCAGAGAAGUCAUACGUAACGAUGUUCUGUUGCUUCUUAUUCAAUUAACAAAGGGCAAUGCAAAUAUUCAAAAAAUUGUUGCAUUUGAAAAUGCAUUCGAUCGCAUCUUUGAUGUGAUCGCACAAGAGGGUAAUGCAGAGGGAGGUAUCGUAGUGGAAGAUUGUCUCGUGCUUAUGUUAAAUCUUUUAAGGGGCAAUAUAAGUAACCAAAAUUUUUUUAAAGAAGGAAGUUAUAUACAAAAGUUAACACCAAUGUUUCAAAUACCACCAGAAUCUGAAGAUAGCCCUAUGAGUGGGUGGAGUCCACAAAAAGUAUUAAAUGUUCAUUCCAUGGUACAAGUGAUACGUGCAUUAGUAGCACCAAGCGGGCCUGCUCAGGCUGUAGCAAAUUGCCAACAAAUCAUGAGAGCCUGUGGAUUAUUACAAGCCUUAUGUAAUAUUUUAAUGGCCAAUGGUGUUCCUGCCGAUGUGCUGACAGAGACAAUUAACACAGUAGCUGAAGUUAUUAGAGGAAAUACGAGUAACCAAGAAUUUAUAGCAGGCGUGAUGGCACCCAGUAGCCCUCCACGACCUGCAAUCGUGGUUUUACUUAUGUCCAUGGUAACUGAAAAACAACCGUUUGUUUUAAGAUGUUCCGUUCUCUAUUGUUUUCAAUGUUUCCUGUAUAAAAACGAGGUAGGACAAAAUCAGCUUAUUCAGACUUUACUGCCACAAGGCAAUGAGAUGCCAUCAUUGACAACAGGACAGUUGUUGUGCCGAGGUUUAUUCUCGCCGGAUUCCUCGUCGAAUUGGUUUUCCGCCGUGGCAUUGUCUCACGCACUGAUCGACGAUAGUACACAGAAAGAACAACUGUUGCGUGUACUUCUCGCAACGAACAUUGGGAAACCACCGGUGACCUUGAUGCAACAAUGCGUUAUGUUGCUGCAGCAGGGCAAUAAAACGCAAUGCAAAUUAGGUCUUUUAAUGCUGCUUUGCAGAUGGACCGCUCAUUGUCCAGCCGCUGUUAAAUCUUUCUUGCUUAUCGAUUCUUCCGUAUCAUAUUUAACUGCUCUGUUAUCGUCGCAGGAGAACAACGAUGAUUUGCAAGAGACUUUAUUACAAAGUAUGUGCGCCAUACUCAUUGGACUGUGUAUACAUUUUAACGAUAACAGUGUUUCUAAUUAUACAAAGGAAAAAUUAUGCAAUUUAGUCGAGAAUAGAAUAGGAUUAGAAAGAUUCCAAGACGCCAUUGGUAGCCUCGGUAGACACGAAGUAUAUUCUAGGACAUUGAAACAUCCUCAGCCUUCGGCAAAGAAUCCUUCGGAGCUUUUAUUGGACCAUGAAUUUUGUAGAUUAUCGAAAGCGCUAGAGGGUGUGAUUACAAAGUCGGUUCUAGAUGGAAGUAGCUCGCAUCAUAAGAGUGAAAAUUCAAUACCUGUACCGCCGGACUUUGUUCUGGUCGCACAAUAUAAAGAAGUUAUUCGGGAGCAAGAUUUACAGAUACAGAAACUGAAUCAAAUUACGGCAUUACUCGUUAAAGAGAAACACGAACUCGAAGUACAAGUUCAUGAUCUUCAGUCAACCAUUAAUCAUUUAAAAGAUCAAAAUUUAGUAUUACGAGCCACACAAAGUAAUAUGUUACUGGAAGAAACAGAAUCCGAUGGCGCAGUGAACAACGAGGAUUCUGCAAAGGAAGUAGAGAAAUGUAAGAGUUUUAUUACAGAACUUGAAAACCGUUUAACAGAACACGCUUCAACGAUAAAGGAGUAUAAGCAGAAACUUGAAGAAAAAAAUGAGACUGAUUUUGAACGUAAAUUACAAGAAAAAUCCGAGGAAUUAGAGAAACUGAAAAAAGAUCAAGAAGAUCUUUUAGAACUCCUAACAUAUCAAGAUGGUAAAAUUAUAUUAUACAAGGAAAGAUUGGCUGCGCUAGGUGAAACGGUUGAAACGGAUGAGAGCCUUGUCGAACUUGACAUUGACGAUCAACCAGAAUCCAGCAAUUCAGUAGAACGAACUAAUGACCAUCAUCCUCAAAAUCAAGAAUUAUUGUAGUAAUAUUGACAAUGAAAAGAUUUUAAUUUCAAGCAUUCAUUUUUUUGUUAUUGUUAAUCUCCUAAUUUGUCAACAGCAACAAAUUACACGUAUAACACUGCGAUGCAACAUGCAGUGAAAACUAGAAAGCAAAUAUAAUUUUUAUUCCUAAACUAAAAUUCUAUGUA